AUGGCUUCUCCUUUUUUAACGUCAGUGUCUGUAGAAUGUGUUAAUGUAUGUAAGCUUUGGAAAGGGGACGUGAGUGGAAAAUAUGAGUGCAGUAUGCUAUCGUGCGCAUCAAGAGCUCCAAGAGUGCUGACCGGAUUCAUGGCAAGCACGGCUCAUCCUCCACAGUCGUGUGGAAGCAUUGGUAGAAGAAAUCACAUUGGAUGUAGAUGUGAAGAAAGUAACUGGAGACAGCGGUGCUCAUACGAGGCCUCAAGUUUUCCCAUUUCAAAGAAGCCUUGCAGCUCAAGCACCGCGGUUCGUGGCAGCAGCAACUGGAAGUUAUAUUGUUCUCCGGUAUCUUUUUCUACAGAACAUUAUGAGGUUACGCCAGAUACCCUGUGGGAGGAUCUUAGAUCUUGCAUCUCAUAUCUUCCUUCAAGGGAACAACAAUUGGUCCGUAAGGCCCUGAAUUUGGCUUUUAAGGCGCAUGAUGGUCAAAAAAGACGCAGUGGAGAGCCCUUUAUUAUUCACCCUGUUGCAGUUGCUCAGAUUCUUGGAGAACUUGAAUUGGAUUGGGAGUCAAUAGCUGCUGGGUUGUUACAUGAUACGGUGGAGGAUACAAAUGUUGUUACUUUUGAAAGAAUAGAGGAAGAGUUUGGCAUCACUGUUCGUCGCAUCGUGGAAGGGGAGACAAAGGUAGUAUCUAAACUUGGAAAACUCAAAUCAAAGGAUGAGAACAAUUCCGUUCAAGAUGUUAAAGCAGAUGACCUCCAUCAGAUGUUUUUGGCUAUGACUGAAGAGGUCCGUGUUAUAAUUGUCAAAUUGGCUGACAGAUUACACAACAUGAGAACUCUUUCACAUAUGCCUCCACAUAAGCAGUCCAGUAUAGCUAGGGAGACCCUUCAGGUUUUUGCUCCGCUAGCGAAACUGCUUGGAAUUUACCAGAUAAAGUCUGAACUUGAAAAUCUGGCAUUUAUGUACACAAAUCCUCAAGAUCAUGCGAAGAUCAAGAGAAGAGUGGCAGAGCUUGACCGAGAACAUGAAAAAGACAUCAAAGAGGCAAAUGAAAUUUUAAUGACGAGGAUUGAGGAUGACCAAUUCUUGAACCUAUUGGCUGUGAAAACUGAAAUUCGUCCCGUGUGCAAGGAACCGUACAGCAUCUAUAAAGCAGUUCUUAAAUCUGAAAGCUCGAUAAAUGAAGUUAACCAGAUUGCCCAGCUUCGUAUUAUUAUUAAACCAAAGUCGGGCAUUGGAGUUGGGCCUCUAUGUAGCACACAACAGAUAUGUUACCAUGUUCUUGGACUGGUACAUGCAAUUUGGACCCCAAUCCCGCGAGCUAUGAAGGAUUAUAUUGCCACUCCAAAGCCUAACGGCUAUCAGAGUCUCCAUACUACUGUGAUUCCGUUUCUUUACGAGAGCAUGUUUAGACUAGAAGUUCAGAUUAGAACUGAAGAGAUGGAUUUGAUUGCUGAAAGAGGGAUUGCCACUCAUUAUAGUGGCAAAGUUUUUGUGAAUGGCUUGGUCAGACAUGUUACACCGAAUGGCUCCAAAGCAAAAACAGUUUACCUUAAUAAUGCUAAUGUUGCUCUCAGGAUUGGCUGGCUCAACGCAAUAAGGGAGUGGCAAGAAGAAUUUGUUGGGAAUAUGAGCUCUAGGGAAUUCGUAGAUACAGUAACCAAGGAUCUUUUAGGGAGUCGCGUCUUUGUAUUUACACCGAGGGGAGAGAUUAAAAAUCUGCCCAAGGGGGCAACUGUUGUUGACUAUGCGUAUAUGAUCCACACUGAAAUUGGAAAUAACAUGCUUGCGGCAAAGGUCAAUGGCAAUAUCGUCUCGCCGACACAUGUGCUUGCAAAUGCAGAAGUAGUGGAGAUUGUAACAUAUAAUGGGCUUUCUAGUAAAUCUGCCUUCCACAGACACAAGCAGUGGCUCCAACAUGCCAAAACACGUAGCGCCAGACACAAGAUAAUGAAAUUUCUGAAGGAACAAGCUACGUUAUCAGCUACAGAAAUAACUGCUGAUUCGGUUAAGGAUUUAGUCAAUGAAUUUAAAGAGAAAAGCGAAGUCCAGGAUGUUGUAAAUUACUCCAAAGGGGCUAAGCACACGUGUGAGCAGAUUUUGAGAAACGCUAUGCAAACAACAUCAUCAGCAACAAAUGGGGAAGGUAUAUUUCGAUUAGAUGGGGGUGGCAUUCAGUUCCCAAAAAUUAAUGGGAAGCAUAGCAAGAGUAUGCAGAAUGUGAAUUUGAAAGCCAAGGGAGAGGUACUAUCUCAGGGAAAUGGUGUCGCCGAGAUGAUUUUCUCCAAUAUCCCUGUGUACAGAGAAGUCUUCCCGGGCUUAGAUAGCUGGCAAGCUAACAAGAUUAUGUCUUGGCACAAACUCGAAGGGAACUCCAUCCAGUGGUUGUGCAUAAUCUGCAUAGACCGUAAAGGCAUGAUGGCGGAAAUCACAACAACACUUGCAGCUAUGGGAAUUACUAUAUGUUCUUGUGCUGCAGAAAUCGACCGAGAGAAAGGAAUGGGUGUCAUGUUGUUUCACGUUGAAGCUAGUUUGGACAAUUUGGCGAGUGCGUGUUCAAAGGUGGAUUUAAUUCUUGGUGUUCUUGGGUGGUCAACUGGUUGCAGCUGGCUGAGCUCGAAUGAGAACCACCAGUUUCUAGAGUGUUAG